AUGACGACGCAAAUCCUCCACGGCAAGCCCAUCCCAGAGGUUGACAUUCUCUUCCUCGGCAGUCCCGGCGUCGGCAAAGCCACCUUCCUGUCACGCCUCCACCACAUCCGCAAUGGCAAGCUCGACCUUUCCGCCGUGCCCCAGGGCCGCGUCUUCGCCCCCUCGGCGCCACUGGCGUUCGACGUCACCCUCUUCGGCCGGCCCUACAGCUUCCGCAUCCACAACUCGACAUCCACGCUGUUCGUCGACCCGUUCCCGCCGUGUCCGGCGUUCGCCAUCAUCGCGUUCGCCAUCCCGCACCGCGAAUCGCUGCACAACGCGCAGUAUUAUUGGCGCAAGCAGCUCUCCUUGCAUUACCACGACCUGGAGCAUACCAUGCCGGUCAUGCUGCUGGGGUUGAAGCGCGAUGAGCGCACCGAGGAGAGGCUCGAGGGGGAUGGUGAGGGCGAGGGUGGACGGUUCAAGUGUGUGAUGCCGCAGGAGGGGUUGCAGGCCGCGCAGGAGAUGCGGUGCGAUCAGUAUGCCGAGUGUAGUGCCUUGACGGGGGAGUUGAUGUUCGAGGUGCUCGAGGAUAUCACGAGGACGGCGGCCAGGACGACGACCGAGGCGGGGGGGUUAAGUCAGAAUUCGAGUUGUGAGGUGAUGUGA